AUGACACAGCUUGUUUCCUCAAGAAGCUCCACUAAUUGCUCAUCCGGUUUCUAUAAGCUCUAUUUCGACAUUGAUAGCAUUCUUCGCCUUCAUUACGAAGGUCCAGAAUCAACCACUGUUUUCUGGCCGGAUCCCGGUUUGCUACCAUGGGAAGCCAGGAGAAACCAGUACAUGUACAAUCGAUCUGCCACCCUUGAUUCCGAUGGUCGAUUCAACUCAUCAGACGGUUUCGGAUUCUUAUCGGCUGAUUUCGGGGUCGGACCACAAAGAAUGAUGAGAAUCGACUACGAUGGUGAUAUGAGAUUAUACAGUCUCAUUGAGCAUCAAGGAAGAACGAAAUGGGAAAUUCAAUGGCAAGCUGUUUCCCAUUCUUGCAGGAUUCAUGGUAUCUGUGGAGCAAAUAGUCUCUGUAUUUAUUCUUCAGGAAGAAGAAGAUGCACUUGCUUACAUGGGUACAAAAUGGUGAAUUCUAAAGAUUGGAGCUCCGGGUGUGAACCUGAUUUUGAAGUUUGUAAACCAGACGAUGAAGCUUUCGUGGAGCUUCGUCAUGUAGAAUUCUACGGAUUUGAUAUGCGGUAUCACAAUAACUACACUCUUGAUGCUUGCAAGAAAGAUUGUUUACAAGAUUGUAAUUGCAAAGGGUUCCAGUUUGGAUACAAUGAUGAUCAUGGUGUGGGAACUUAUUAUUGCUACAUAAAGACUUCUCUGUAUAAUGGAUACCAAAUGGGGUUCUACAAUUCGAUGUAUAUCAAGUUACCUAAAUCGUUGGUGUCAUCUUUUGUUCCGAAAGCCAUCGAGAAGUCAAGCCUCCGGUGCACCGGCGGGAAGGUGACGCAGAUAAUAAGAUCGUACGAGAAGAAACAGGAAAGUAAGAUACUUAAGUUCGUGCUUGUGUUGGGAUGCGUGAUUGGGUUUAUCGAGAUCAUUGUCAUCUUGUACUUCUGGUAUAAGAGCAGUAAACGCUCAGUUACGACGUCGGAGCAAGUUUAUUUUCCGGCAGCCACAGCGUUCAGGAAGUUCACCUACAGUGAGCUGAAAAAGGCUUCACGUAAUUUCAGUGAAGAGAUAGGUAGAGGUAGCGAAAGCGUCGUGUAUAAAGGAAGAUUACCGGAUAACCGGAUUGCAGCGAUCAAGAAGCUCAAGAACACAAACCACCACAAUGAAAGACGAAUUUCAAGCGGAGAUCGACACAAUCGGGAGACUAAAUCACAUGAAUCUGAUCGAAACAUGGGGUUAUUGUGCUGA